CCAGCCCCGGUGUCUCUCCUGUACCCCCUCCCAGCUCCAUCCCUCAGUAAAGCAGCGGGGAGCAGCCAAUCAGCGGCGGCCUCUCUGCCCCACGCGCACCAGGGCCGGACACGGACCGUCUGCAGGGAAGCGCCGCUCUCCGCUCCGGUACCGCACACAGGGCACCAUGUCCCCGCCCCGGAGCCCGCACUGACCUCAUUCACAUAGGUGAGGCGGCAUCUAGCGCUGCGUACAGAGGACGUGUGUUACAUGACAUCACCGGGGAUCUGCAUCAUCAUCCCGGCAUUGUGAUUAAUAGGAGCACGGAGGACACCGGGAGAUGGAGGCGGCCACGGGGGGCAGCACCGGAACGGCGGAUAGGAGCAGACAGGUCAGGAGGAGGAGAGGAUAAUGGCCGAGACUAUAGAUCUGUGAACACAUAAGAGGCGUCUUCUGAACGAUGGAAUCCAUCACCAUGAUGGGAAGUCCCAAGAACGUGAAUGAGUCCUUCCUACCGAACGGAACAAACGGAAGCAUAAAGGAAGACAAAACCACCAUCGGGAUCCUGGGAAGUGGAGACUUUGCUAAAUCAUUGACCAUACGUCUUAUAAGAUGCGGCUACCACGUGGUUAUCGGAAGCCGAGAGCCCAAAUGUGCCGCCGACUUCUUCCCACACGUGGUGGACGUGACUCACCAUGAAGACGCCAUAUUGAAAGCGAGCAUAAUAUUUGUAGCAAUACAUAGAGAACAUUACUCCUCCUUGUGGGACCUAAAGCAUCUGCUCACCGGGAAAAUCCUGGUGGACGUCAGCAAUAACAUGAGGGUGGAUCAGUACCCAGAAUCCAAUGCUGAAUAUUUGUCUUCGCUCUUCCCCGACUGCUACGUGGUCAAAGGGUUCAAUGUGGUUUCUGCAUGGGCACUGCAGCUAGGCCCGAAAGAUGCCAGCAGUCAAGUCUAUAUCUGCAGCAAUAACGUCCAGGCUCGCCAUCACGUCAUCGAACUCGCCCGACAGAUGAAUUUCAUUCCGAUCGACAUGGGGACCUUAUCGUCGUCCCGAGAGAUCGAGAACCUGCCCCUGCGCCUCUUCACUCCGUGGAAGGGCCCCGUGGUGAUCGCCAUCAGCCUGGCCACUUUCUUCUUCGUAUAUUCUUUCAUCCGAGAUAUCAUCCAUCCGUACUUUAAGAACCAGCAGAGCGACUUCUACAAGAUCCCCAUCGAGAUCGUCAAUAAGACUCUGCCAGUGGUCGCCAUCACUCUGCUGUCUUUGGUCUACCUAGCCGGACUCCUGGCGGCCGCCCACCAGCUGUAUUAUGGCACAAAGUAUAGACGCUUCCCCCCCUGGCUGGAAAACUGGCUGCAGUGUAGAAAGCAGCUGGGCCUCCUCAGCUUCUUCUUUGCAGUCGUCCAUGUUGUGUAUAGCAUGUGUCUGCCCAUGAGGAGGUCGGAACGCUAUUCGUUCCUCAAUGCUGCGUAUCAGCAGGUCCACGGUAAUGUGGGGAACUCCUGGAAUGAAGAAGAAGUGUGGCGGGUGGAGAUGUACAUCUCCUUCGGUAUCAUGAGCCUCGGACUCCUAUCCCUGCUGGCAGUCACUUCAAUCCCUUCUGUCAACAGUGCCUUAAACUGGCGGGAGUUCAGCUUCAUUCAGUCCACCCUGGGAUACGUGGCCUUGUUGAUCAGCACCUUCCACGUUCUUAUAUACGGCUGGAAGAGGGCCUUCGAAGAAGAGUAUUACCGGUUUUACACUCCACCGAACUUCGUCUUAGCGCUGAUCCUUCCCACCGUCGUGAUCCUGGGGAAGAUUGUGUUACUCUGCCCGUGCGUCAGCAGAAAGUUACGUCGGAUCAAGAGAGGCUGGGAGAAGAGUCACUUCAAGGAGAACAGCGGCAGCACCGCGGCACACGUUUCUCCUGAGAGAGUCACCGUGAUGUGACGGGACGCAUCCUACAGAAGGAGCACCCACCAUCUCUUGUCUAUUUAGCCUUGCCAGCAGGGG